AUGAUUCCCUUGCAAGCCGCGUGUUACAAUGAUCCAUGGGGCUACAUUGAGCAUCACACGUUCACGAGUGCGCUACAGAUUAGCCUUGAUCGCAGCUGGCAUAAGGUCGCGAGCAAUCUACUUUCGGAGGCAAUCCAUGCGGGGUAUAGCGCUGAAAACUUUAGUGAAGUAUUCCAUUAUCCAUGCUCAUUAGGGUACAAACGCUUUGCUGUGCAGAUGCUAGAGCAUUUCACGGUAAUCAAUUGGCCGGAUGGAAUACUCGUGGCCGCUGAAUACGGAAGAGUUGGCGCUGUUGAUGUCUUGCUGUCAUGGGGAGCUGAUGUGGAAGCUCGCAACAGAUGCGGCGAAUCAGCAAUAAACCUUGCUGUCAACCAAAUGAAGAUGCAAGGUGAUGACAUAACUGAUAAAAAGUUUAGUUCUGGUCCUUAUUUGGGAUCGGGUGAGGAUACGCCAGACUACAUGCGUACAUUGGCCGCCUUGAUCAAUGCUGGGCAUGCGCGCCGAGCAGAAAUGCUUCGUUAUCUCUUGCCAAUACGAGCCACAAUCCGACCUGAAGCGCUUUUUGUUCAGCCGCUUGAAAAUAAGGCCGAAGAACAGUUGACUUUCAGGGGACCAUCUAAACGCAAGUUCAAAGCGUUGGAUCAGAUCGUUGAUUACACCGAUGUCCUUCUGGAACUCUCACAGCACGACACGCAAGUGGCUCACCUGAACAAGGAGCCAUUCAGGGAAGCAAUGCAGAAUAAACAUGUGGAAUGCGUCCAAGUAUUUAUCGACUUGUUUACCAAUGACGAUAGACACCGUGCAGAUUGCUGCACUCCCCUACUUUCGCUGACCUUGUCCCAUGUUGAAUUGCUUACAUAUUUUCUCAGCCAGGGUGCUGACCAAGAUACACGGCAUUUUGAAACUGGCGAACAAGGAACAGCCUUGCACGCUGCUGUGGUGCAGGGCUUUCAUGACGUAGCCGAAAUUCUUCUUGAAUCACAUGCAGACGUCAACACACCAUGCACCCUUCUUGGGACACCGUUGGCUGCAAUCAUGACACAGAGCUGGAAGGACUUUCGUGAUAUCUGCCACCGAAGAUGUGCCAAGCUAUUGCUGGAGUGGGGUGCAGAUAUUGAUAGCUUUGAUGAACGGCUGGGGACUCAGGGAGCACUGGAGCCUGAAAAUUAUGAUGUAUCCCAUUCGCAGGCUCGAUUGGGAACUGGUCAUCAAGGUGUCUGGAAUGGUUCAUAUAUGGCAUCGGAGUUUCUACUCGUACCUAGCGACUUGGAAGAGAUGGUCGAACUGGUACCAUCUGGUAUUGCACGUCUCCUGUGA